CUGUCAGGAGGUGCGGCGGCCGGCGUCAGAGAGGAAGAGGAUAAUAAAUCUCGAGCGCCGCCGGAUUCGGCCUGGUGGUCGGACGAGAGACGGCGUUGGAUUGUUGGAGACGUGAUUGCGGAUAUGGCGGACCUGGUCGGGGUGGAUCAAUUGGAGGCCGUGGUGGUGGUGACGGGACCGACGGCGGCGGUUUGGUAUCAGCGGUUGGAACCCAACAGUAUGCAGAUGGUGUUGUCCGGCGGUGGUGUUUGUCUGACAGGCGGCGGGCGACGGGCGGCGGGUGCUGACGUCCGACGGCAGUUGAAGUGGUGUGCUAAUGAGCUUUUUGUUGAUAACCAAAAUCUGAGAGGUGUAGCUCUGGUUAGAGAAGUAGCAGUGGCCCCGUGGGAGGUGAAUGAAGCAGAAUCGAGCAAAUGGUCUUCUAAAGAGGAACUCUUGAAUAUUAGAGAAUGGCUAAGGCAAUGUAUGGAAGCUGGAGGGAAGGACAUCAUCAUAAAAUAUGGUAGCAAUGGGCUGGCAAAAGCUCUUACAUCAAGAGAUCUCUUCCCUUCUACUGUGAGCAGUGUGACAGAUGAUAUAAUGCUUUUGGUCGAGACGCUCACUCCAACCGGGCCAUUGCUGUUCAUCUUCAGAACUCAAUCAGGGAGUUGCGUCACUUCUUGCCGAUUGAACGAUUCGCUGUUGGACGAGCAAUCAAUUCAAGGCUCAUCACUGCGAGAUGCGCCCGUCGCCAGAUCCACAAGUGAUGGGAGUUCGAGGAUUGGGCGCCCCGCACAAGGGAAAUCCGCCGCCACCAUCGCUGAUGCACGGAGUUGCAGCCGCCCGCUGCUCUCUACCGGUCACAAACAACGUCCACCAAUUGUUGUCUUCAUGAGGGAUAAAUUAGAGACGAACAAGGAGAAAUUAGAAUAA